AUGGCAGGCGUCAAGAGAUCGUUGGCUGCCAUGAUGAACCUCAGUGAAGGACCAGUCAGUGUCGAAGGCCGGCUGAGGCCGUAUGCCUUUAUCAAUUCAUCGUCUGAUGCGUCAGAAGUCACAUCAAGGACUCCUACGCCGCCGUUCACUCCUUCCAGAGGCAAGAUUCCAAACUUCAGUUCUGAUGCUUCUCUAGCAUUGGUAGGAUUGCGCGGAUCUGGAAAAUCGACAUUGGCUAUUAUGGCUGCGUCGGCCUUGAAAAAGAGAGUCAUCAAUGUUGAGGUCGCAUUUCAAUCAGUAACCGGCUCGUCAAGUUCGAGCUUCAAGCAGAUCAAUGGAAACGCCGAGUGUCAUCGGAAACAAGCCGAAGUAUUGCAAGAUAUCAUUGAGCAGAACCCGACAGGAUGCAUCAUCGUCUGUCCAUGGAUGGAGAGGAAAAUCCAAAGCCUCCUUCGGCAGUUUUCAGCCACCAAUCCGGUCAUCCAUGUCAUUCGGGAUAUCGAUGCUAUUCAAAGUCACCUAAAACUCAACGACAGGACAAAAGCUCACAACUUAAUGAAGAUGAGCAACAUAUUUUAUCGCAGUUGCACCAAUCUAGAGUUCUUCAACGUAUCCGAGAUCCGCGAGACAAACCUCGAUGGAAAUGGGAUGAAUGAUCGUGGUUUUGCGACAAAUACGCCGCCAUAUCUUGCUUUAAAGCAAGCUGAAAGACACUUUCUCAAAUUUCUGUCACUCAUAUAUCCGGCGGGCACGAUCCCGUUCUUUGAGUCUGCAUUUCCGCUUGCUAGCAUUGCACCCGAGGACAGACAAUUUACAUACUGUCUCUCGGUCCACAUUCAAGAUAUCUUGAGUGGGAGUCAAGAUUGGGAAAUUUCAAUAGUUGGCGUGGAUGCUGUUCAAAUCUUUGUCAACAAUUUGACAACAGCCGGAGAUCUCCUUGAUGGCGUCGAUGGGUUGGCGAACAAAAUUACCGAAGCUAUCGGCAUUGUACGAAGGAGCACCAUGCUUCCUAUUUUGCUACACAUUAAACUACCCGAGGUUCCAAACAGCAGGGUAGUGCGAUCAUACCUAGAUCUACUCUCACAUACCCUGUCUCUGGCACCGGAGAUGCUCACAGUCGACCUGCGCCUUGAUCAAUCUGAUCUCUCUAGCAUUAUUUCUGCAAAGAGCCGAUCAAAGAUUGUUGGAAACUAUUUCGUGUCAACAGACAUUCAGUCUUGGGAAUCUUCAACUUGGACAUCCUGGUACCAGAAAGCGUGCCAGCUCGGCUGUGAUAUGGUGCGGCUCGUUCGACAAGCCACAACAAUGGAUGACAACUUUGUCAUUUCACGAUUCAAAUCCAAGAUUUCAUCUCUAAAAACUCAUAAACUACCACUUAUUGCAUACAAUAGCGGGCACCUCGGUCGACAUUCGGCCUGCUUCAACCAAAUUCUCACCCUGGUGGCCCCCAGUCCUGUUAUACAAGUCGACGAAAGAUGCGCUCCAUAUCCUUACAUCACGGCGAAGGAAGCUACAAAUGCUUUAUAUGCGUCUUUUGUGUACGAUGCAAUGAAGCUCUACGUGUUUGGAGCCAAUGUGGGAUACAGCAUGUCCCCAGCCAUGCAUAAUGCAGCAUUGUCAUCCUGCGGGAUACCACACCACUAUGAGCCUUAUUCCGCCGAGUCUCUCAAAGCCGUGGAGCAUCUGAUAUACGAUCCCAAUUUUGGCGGAGCAUCUAUCGGGUUACCCUUCAAAGUUGAAGUGACGACUUUGACCAAAUAUCUCAGUCCCCAUGCUAGAGCCAUCGGGGCUGCCAACACUCUAAUUCCCAUCCGCCAGCUCAAAGCCGGUCCGGUUCUCGCUCUAUAUGGCGAGAAUACCGACUGGAUCGGAAUUCGAGCUUGCAUCCGGCGCGGAUUAUCUCCAGCCAAUGCCGUAAGAUUGGCCACCUGGGGAUUUAUCAUAGGUGCAGGAGGAAUGGCGCGUGCUGCAGUUUACGCCAUGCUCCAAGUUGGCAUCAAGAACAUUGCAAUUUACAAUCGGACGACGGAGAAUGCAGAGAAACUGUUCCAUAUUUUUACGUCUCUCGACCAACCUUGGCCUUCAGAGUACCGAUACCCAUCCGUUAUUAUAUCCUGCAUUCCGACUCAUCCAAUAGGCAACACACCGUCACCCGAGUUCAGGAUGCCAGAUGCAUGGCUAGGCCAUCAAACAGGCGGCGUCAUCAUCGAACUCGGGUACAAGACGUUGAAUACGCCCCUCCUGAAGCAAGCCAGAGAUGGUGCUUCUCGAGGUUGGGUAGCCAUGGACGGUCUAGACCUGCUUCCAGAGCAAGGUUGCGCACAAUUUGAGUUGUUUACAGGGAGAAGGGCUCCACGGCGUGUCAUGCGGAGAGAAAUUCUGGAGAAUUACAGAGAUGAGCAUGGCAAAUCACAUCUAGAGGAGUUGCAACACAGGUUACAGUCUAUAGUUGAGCAGGACUCGUGA